AUGGCGGCAGAAGAGAGAGUAAGUCCAUUUCCUCCCCCAACGGACUUUUAUAAACUUUACACGGAUGAAAAUAUAAAAGCGGGAAUUGUCCCAGAACCUCCUCCUCCUGUUGAAGGAGAAUACUUUGUAUUUGGUCUUCGUUUUGAGACAGAUGAACCUAUAAUAAGAUCACUGGAACAACAAAAUGUUGAAAGAUUGUAUCCAUUGAAUUUUAACAGACAGAAAGAGCUGAAAAAGCUUAAUCACUCUCUACUUGUUAGUUUUAUUGAGCUGUUGGAUAUCUUGAUAAACGAACCAACAUCACCCAAACGCGAAAAGAAACUUGGUGAAAUUACUGUAAUAUUUAUAAACAUGCAUCAUCUUAUCAAUGAGCUUAGACCACAUCAGGCUCGUGAAACUUUGCGAGUUAUGAUGGAAAAACAGAAGAAACAAAGGAUUGAAACUGCUGAUAAAUUAAAUAAACUUGUUGAAAAAAUUACUUCCCUUGUUCAAUCUUGUUCAAUAUCGCUUCAUUCUGAAGAUGAAAACAACAGCAAUAUUACCACUAAUGAGGAUAAUGAUGACAAAGAUCUUGUUUUAACACCAAAAGUAACUGAGGAAAAAGAUCUACUGACAUUAUCAAACAUGGCUGAAGACUUGACUUAAAAGAUUUUAUCAAAUGUGUAAAUUCAUCAAUUUGACUUUAUGUUAGUCCAGUGUAGUUUGAGAUCAGCAUCAGCAGGGCUUCCAACUGCAGAAGGAAAUUUUGACCUUUACAAGGAAAAAGGCAAGGAAAUCAAAUUGGGAAGGAAAUGGAAAGUAAUCUCUAAUUCAGAUAACAAUUCCGUGCUUGUUGUGAAGCAAAUAUGUGAAAUUGAUCCUUAAUGCCAAAUCCAACCCUUCAUCUCAUAGAAUAGGUUACACUAUGAUAUAAUGCUUAGUGGUUAGAGAUUGGAUUAAGGUGAGUUUCCAAAAAGAGAAAUAAAGCAUACAGUACUUUACAGUCUGUGGCUCAAAAACUGAACAAACUAGCCACAUGCAUCAAGCCAGAUAACGAUGAGGAGGACAGUACUAGUGAUCGUAGUAACAGCCACAAUGCAUGUAGAUCAUCUAGUCUUAUUGUUUUCAGUGAAGAAUUCAAUAAAAAGUAGAUGUUAAGUUUAGCAGUCUGUGGUUACAUGUCAUGGUUUGUAUACUUCACUAUUGUUUUAUAUAUAAAGACUUUAACUUUUUAUAUACUUUAUUUUAUGGUAUAAUGUACGAUAACCACAGAAUUAAGAUAUCCUAGAUAUUUGCCUGAUGGGAAACGGAUUCGUGUUAAAAAAACAAUUGCACAGCAUAAAAUUCGAAAUAAAGUCAUUUUUUUUAAAGAAA